AUGUCAAGUAGCAACAGCUAUAAGAUUUCUCCAUCCAAGCUGUUGACAGAUAUUCUUAUCCCUCGUCUAUCUUACGUACCUCAGUCUACUAUUGCUGUGCACCUAACUGUUGCAGUAAUAUUCAAAGUGACCCGGGGAAUUAUUCUCUCUUUUUUUGCAUUCUUUCCCUCUCCUUCUAUCUCUCUCUCUCUCUCUCUCUCUCUCUCUCUCUCUCUCUCUUUCGCCAAUAUUAUUCCUCUCAAUUUUACAUGUCCUCUCUUUCUUUUUUCUAUCUUUCUGUCUUUCUUGAGCCUUCUUUCAUAUUCAUAUCUAUCUAUCUAUCUAUCUAUCUAUCUAUCUAUCUAUCUAAUUAUCUAUCUAUCUCAGUUUGUUCAUGUCUAUCUAUCUAUCUAUCUAUCUAUCUAUCUAUCUAACUAUCUAUCUAUCUCAGUCUGUUCAUAUCUAUCUAUCUAUCUAUCUAUCUAUCUCAGUCUGUUCAUAUCUAUCUAUCUAUCUAUCUAUCUCAGUGUUUUCAUAUCUAUCUAUCUAUCUAUCUAUCUAUCUCAGUUUGUUCAUGUCUAUCUAUCUAUCUAUCUAUCUAUCUCAGUCUGUUCAUAUCUAUCUAUCUAUCUAUCUAUCUAUCUCAAAUUCGCCCAAAGAAACCAUUUAACAUUUCAAUCAUGCGCCCACAUCUUCCAUUAUUCUCUCUCUCUCUCUCUUCAUCUCUCUCUCUCUCCCAUCCCUCACUUUACAACGCCCACUCUCUCUCUCUCUCUCUGUGUCUAUUGCUCUCCUUCUCUCAACGUUCCGAACCUGUCUCUAUGCAUCUACGCUGAACGAGCGCUUUCCUUAUCCCGUUAUGCUCACCAAUCCGAUCGAGUCCUGCUCAAUUCGUUCGUACAAAAGUCCUUUGUGCACCCACGAGUAACCAGAUAA